AUGGUGGACCGAGCAUGCAACUCGGCUCACCGACGGGUGAUCGUCGGCGAUUAUCAUAUAUUGGUACUCUCGCCGGCGGAACCAGACCGUUUCAUCGCCUACCACAACGGUGAACGGCACGAGUUUCGCUUUUUUUAUACUGCCAUGUUUGGCUUCCCCAAACGCAUCUUUCACUAUGCGUUGAUCAAAGAAGGAUGUGCCAUUUUCCAAACAACAUGGCCGUGUCGCGCGACGAAACAAAGGUCUUGUGCAGAACCAAGCAGCGCCUAA